AUGGAGAAUCUAGAUUGGUUUCUUACAAAUGACAAAAAGGCAAUGGAAGAAGAGCUUAUUAGAGGACGUGACAUAGCAAAUCAAUUACUUGAGGUACUUUCUUUUGAUGAUAAGUCGAAUGUUAUUAGGGAAGUCAAAAGGUCAAACUCAAAAUCAUCAAAAGUGUUACCUUUAGAUGUUGCUCAAGAUCUUGUUCGAGAGGUGCUCAAAUCAUUGACAAAUACACUUUUAUAUUUGAACAAAAGAGAAGAUUCCAAUGAUGUUUUAAUAGUUAGAGAUUUAUCUUUCUCUACCAAUGGCCAAAAGAUGGAGGAGGAUUUGGAUGGAGCUUACAAAGAACUUCAAACUCUCAACAACAAAAGUCCAAAGGAAUCGAAAAAGAAAAAGUAA